AGCGUGGUGGGAGAGAUUCAAAAUGCACAAGUUAUCUCCACGCGUCUAGAGACUCGUUCAGAUCAGUUCAUCAUCUAACGUCCACCGAGAGUGAGACUCGUUCACAGACUUCGUUCAACCGCUUUUUGGAUCGUUCAAACCAACACUUGAACCAACAUGGCUAAGCUCGCCCUAGUUGCCCUGGCCCUAGCGCUGUGUGUCGUCAUCGUGAGUGCUGCUGGAGAUGAGUGUCCGCUAGCGUCCAAGGUGGCAUCCUGCUCGCCGACCUGUCUGAGCGAUCGUGAUUGUGCUGACAUCGGUGGCAAAUGCUGUGCCAACUCCUGCAAUCGCAAAUCCUGCGUCGAACGCAGCAAACUGAAGCAGAGCAACAACAAGUAUAGUUCCAGUUCCGGUUCGGGCUCAUACUGUGGCAGUGCCAAGUGCAACUCGUUCGAGAAGUGUGGUACCGAUCCAGCCACCAAGCGCCAGAAGUGUGUCCGUGCGUGAUGAGCGGAAUCGGAGUGGAGUUUAAGUUGUAUUUGUGGGUGUUCAAGGGAGAUUUAUGAAAUAAAUCAUGUAUGUUACGCAUUAAA